GCCCUUCAUCACAGAUGAUUGCGCCAGCUCGGCCUCGAGUUGGUCCUUGCCGUCGCCCGCCAGAAUGCAAGCCUGCGGCACCGCCUGGUGUCAGCUGCUGCUCAAGCUCGGUGCGGCCUCGCUACUUUGGCUUUCCCUGCAGCCCUGCAAAGACCCGACUCAGCAUUGCCUUGCAGUGGUCGCCACUUUCCGGCCCAGCACCCUCGAAAGAUACCUUCGCGUUGCUGCUGCUUGGGUUCUCUUUUUGGAAUGCUCUGGCAUAUCGCUCGUGGCGAUCACUCUGCCCUCGCUUUUGGAUUUUCUCGCAGCAGCACGCGCCUCGCACAGCCAAGACCGUGAGGUGCACCAAACCUCUGCCGCAUCUUCAGUGAAAGCCCUUCGCUGGGUCGUCAAGUGCGCGCAGUGGCACAGCCUAGCUGUGGUGAUGGAUAGCCCUGUUAUUCGGGCAUACUCUUUGCGAGGCACCGCCAAGGACCGCCGCGAAGCUCUUCCCAUUCCCUGGGCCCUCAUAGCGGCUUGGGAGUUUCACGUUUGCACCUCGAAGGCUCCGCUCACUACCAAGCUUGUCUUAGGGGCUGUUCUUCUGGCCGUGCACGGAUGUCUCCGCUUUGGGGACCUGCAACGCAUUGACUUUGAGUCUCUUUCACUGAGCCGCACGGCCUUGCACGGAAUUUGUUACGCAACGAAGACAACGGAUAAGGGACAACCCUUUGCGGUGACACUGGCUGGCCUCACCGGCCGCAGCGCGGCAUCUUGCUGGGUCCUGCACUGGCUGCAUGCCAUGCGCACCGCCGUUGACUCUUUGUGGAGCCCCGGCGAUGUCGUUGAUUUCGUUUGGCUCAGCACUGCCCCGGAACUGAACGCCAUCCUGGAACUCAGCCCAGCUUCAUACUGCACCGCCAUGCUUGCCCUCCGUUGGGCGGCGACCUUGCCCUGGCUGCCGCCCGGCCAGGGGCUCACUGCCCACGAGGCAGCACAGCUCACUUUGCACAGCAUGAAGUCGACCGGGCUCGCCUCGGCUGCACAGCUCAGACUUUGGAAAGAGCACCGUUUGACGCACGGUCAUCAUCGGGACUCUGCCGCACUGUACUCCCGAAACGACGUAUUCGCGAGUCUCGAUGUCCAGCACAGUCUCAGCGACUCUAUGUGCACCGGGUGGCGGGCCGAGCGCAGCAUCGCCCGCGGAGGACAGGAUCUCUUGGACCCGCGCUGGGUCUUCUUUGUUACGAGGCAUGAGCACCUGCAUGCCGCGGCAGCGGCCUCAAUCGAAACGGCCGCGGCGCCUCAGCCGACCAGCCCGGAUGACAUCGAGGACUGCACUCAAGACAAGGACGCUGCGGGGCAUCAAGCUUCGGCCUCGCAACACGACAUCGGGGACCCCAUCGAAGACUUCACGGACGAAGAAGCAGCAAUGGUUGCACGCGCCGCCGCGCUGCACACAGAUGACACCAGCUCAGCCGAGUCAUCCGUGUCCUCGGACCAUAAUCCGGAGCACCGCGUGCCCCUCAUCAUAGACGGCGAUCAGCGUUUCGCCUGCACAGGCCCGUGGGGCAAGUGGCACCGCGUAGCGAUGCCCCAAGAAGGAGUCUUGCUGCCGCUCGUCCUCGCACAGUGCCGGACCAGCUUAGCGCUGCACUGCAAGAAUCGGGCAUUUCGCACCAUCCCGGACUUUGCGUUUGCUUACCACGGCGUCGAAAGUCUGGAUCGGUUUUGUGGUCCGGAUUUCGCGCAGCUCUGGCAAGACCUCGAGAUUUCGGACGCGGAGCGCAGCCCGGCUAUGGCUCGCCUGCGGCGCGCCCUGCUCAGAGCCAAAGCCCUUACGCAGGCCUCAGACGCGGUCGAACUGCCGGCCCCGGCACAGUCACAGCAAGCCCAGUCCAUCAACUCGUGGGCGGAACACGCACCGCCCCGCUUGGAUAGCGCCGUUAUUGCCAAGCUGGUCACAGAUUUCGAGACCAAUUAUCCCGGGGAAUACCUUGAUAGCGACGCAAUGCCAAGCGUGCGUUUGCUGAGUCUUGUGCACAAGUGGUUUACGCCCGGGAACCGCAUAGCGUGGAUCCCUUGGCAACUGCGCCUCUCGCAAAAGCAGUACCAGGAGAUCAUGGAAUCGAAAUCCAGCAAGAUGCUUCGCACGGAAGCCCAGUUUUUGAGCACUGCUCUGUUCGACGAGACACCAGAGCUGCCCGUCGACCACUUGCGCCUUAGCCCUGCCUGGCUCAGCCGCAUCCAGGCUGUCUUCCGCAACGCAAUUGCACUGUGCAAGGGGGCGCAUUUGGCCCGCAUCAAGGCUUUCGACAAGAAGGUUCUGGACUGGGCAACGCAAUCACCGGCCGACCACUCGCUCCGCACAGUUACCACUACAGAGCUGGUUGCUGCAGACAGGAAGCUUUGGCAAGAGCUCAGCUCCAUGCACAGCUCCGGCUGGACGCUGGACGACGCAUUGCAUGAAAUCACCACAGUUCGCUCCGACAUUGGCAACCUCCUGCAGCUCCGCGCAAAGCCUCCGCCACCUCCUCAAAAGCCUCCGCCCCGCGGUGAAGUCAACAAAGGUAAAGGCAAAGGUAAAGACAAGACGGGCCGAAAUACCGGCACCCAGCCCGGCAAACGCCACAGCCCGGGCUCGGGCACCAGCACGGAUAUCAAAGAUGCCGCCUUGGUCCCGUCGCACAACGGGCGAGUCUUUUGCAUCCGCUACAACAAAGGCAACUGCCGCAACGCACAGUGCAAAUACUUGCACGCAUGCGCCUUCAAGCUCCCGUCAGGUUCUGCCUCUACCUCCUAUGCCUCUGCUGCGCUGGCGGCGACGGUCUGCAAUCCCCCUGCUCAGCCUAGCCCUGGCGCCCCGACCUCGCAAGAAGGACAGACAAACUGGCUUUGCUCCGCCUGCCGCACCGCAGGCAAGCACUGUUUUACGGAUAGGGAUCACUUCGCAGUGCAACGCACCGACCAAGGUGCCCUGUCCACGCCUGACUCUCUGGCGCGCCUUUUCCAGCUCGUGUGGUCGGGCAUCCUGGGAUCUUUCUUUGUGAUGUCCACGGCCUCCGCCCUCUCGGACGCCGAGCACAGCCAAGCCCGCGCCCUGCUUCGGGCUGCGCACUUGCAGGGGGCGCACGUUAACUUUCUCUUCCCCUCCCAAGCAGAACAGCCCCCGCAAAGUGCAUACACGCACCUCUGCCAGGAGAUAGCUUCGCACUGCCGCGAAUGCGCGGACUUCGGGCCCAGCGCCGUCUUUUGCUCUUCUGACUGCUCCCUGGAGCACUUCGAAGUUUCGCGUUUUUUGCCCCGCCAUUACAAAGCCAACUGCUCCGCCCUAGGCCAUGCCGACAUCGCUCUGCACAAAUUUCAGCAAUUUUUGCCGUGCACUUUCCAUCCAGUGCGCAUGCCCACUUGCGACGGCGCCGGCCUUUUCAGCUCCGCAGACCACGCGGCCAAUAAUGUCUCCAGCAAAGCCCAGCCCUUGGCCAAGCUUGCGCUGGAUAUGAGCAAGUACCUCAAAACACAAGGUCUAGAGUCCGUCAUCGCCCAGCACCUCGCCGAGGCAAAGGAGGGAGCACCCCUCUCCGACUACCACGGGACUGUGCUAGCCGAGCUGGUCCGUCUGCACCUUGCACCGAAAGUGCCCUGCCAAUCUUUCUUUUCCGUGGCUCCAGGCCAGCCUUUCCGCCUGCAAGUCCUCAAGAGCAUAGCAGUGGCCCUGCAAGACAGGGACAAAGACCUGCCCGACCUCCUCGCGGAAGGUGUCCCCACUGGAGCCUUCGAGCCACUGCCCAGCAGCCACCAAUGGGUUCAGGUCCAGCACUCUUUGGACUCCGACGCAGACUUCUCUGGUCCCGCACUGGAGCACUGCAGGGGAAACUGGCUCGCCGCAGAACAGGAGCCGGCACUGCUGGACGAGCUCAUACAGAAGGAAAUAGAAAACGGUUGGGUGCAGGAGUUCGAGGGCUCUGCAGAGGAGGCGGCCAAGCACUGGCACUUGGGCACUGCCAUAGGUACUCUGCACAGCAUCGCCCCGGCGGUCUGGCAGCAGUUCUACGACGGCCUCGACAGCUCCGCCAGGUCGGCCCCGCGCAUGCACUGCCUCAGUGCCGCCGACGCCUUUGCGGAUAAGGAUCGCAUGGGCAUAGGCGAGAAGAACACUUGGGCCGAUGCCCUCAGCAGAGGCGCUGGCUGCGCUGCCUGCGUUGACCUGCGGUCUUUCCUUUUUCAGCCUCCUGCUGCCCU